CUAGUUAACCUGUCAUAUCUCCUGUCAAAAAAGGAAAAAACACCCUCUUAUAUAGUCAUAUAUCUCUCCUCCGAUGUCGUCUUCACUUGUUCCUCUUCCAUCACCGUCGUUGUCCAUUCCUUCUCCACUGGUGCGCCGCUCGUUCAUUCUUUGCUCGUCACUCUUCCUCUUCAGGUAACAGCAUCCGCAAUUGAUGUCUACUACUCCACUUCUUCAAAUUUAUAAUUACCAUUUUCUACAACACUGCAUGACAAAUUAGCAAUGGGCCAUUUCCAUAAACUUAAAUUACACCUUAUUAUCAGAUGGGUUUCUUCUAAUUUUUCCCCAAGCCCCCUUAAAUCGUCACCAAAUUACCCAAUUUUUCGAUAUAAUUUUCCAUUGUAUUGUAAUUAUAAUGUGCAGCAUUAUUCCAAUUUAAUUAGCCCAAUGGAUGUUAACUUUAAUCAAAUUGAAGAUAUUGAUAAUUCAAGCUGCAAUAAUGGUGAGGCAAUGCCCAGAAUUUCUCGGAGCACUCAGAAGGAGGCUCAAGGUGCAUUGUUAGACUACUUGCAUUCCACAAGAAAUAUACCCUUUCUGGAUGCUCAGUAUGUGAGUGAAAACUCCCCUUGUUUUUUGAGGAAGUUGGUAGAUAAUGUCAAUAAUGAGCCUGAUAUAAGGCGCGGCGUGGCUCGCUUCUUGCAAUUUCGUACCAUAAACGAGUUUGAACCUUUUUUUGAAAGUAUAGGGUUGGAGCCUUGUGAGUUUGUUCCCCUCCUUCCAGGUGAUUUGAUGUUUUUGAGUGAUGAGGAUGGUUUGCUUGAUAACUGCCAUGUUUUGUAUGAUUAUGGGGUUAGUCGUGGUAGUAUAGGAAGGGUAUAUAUGGGGGCCAGAGAGGUGUUUCGAUAUGGUAGUGGGGUUUUGGUUUCUAAGCUUCGAGAUUUUGAGGAGCUCGGGCUAAGUAAAUCCGUUAUAGCUAAAGCUAUUAUCUACCAUCCUAGUCUUUUGAUUGAUGGUGUGGGUAAAGAGUUUUUUAAGGUGGUGUCAAGGUUGCAGUUUAUUGGUUGCGAAUAUGAUUGGGUUGAGCAACAUCUAUUGGAGAAUGCUUCCUACAAUUGGAUACAAAUCUUUGAGUUGCUACAAUUGCUUAAUGAUAUAGGUUGUGAAAAUAAGGAAUUGGGGUAUUUGUUGAGACGGCAUCCAGAAAUUCUAUUUAAUACUUCUGGUAGAUCAACUUUUUCAUUAAUUGGGUUUCUGAUUAAAUUUGGAUUCACUAAGAAUGAUAUAUGUUGGCUGUUUUUGCACUUUCCACAAGUCAAAGUUGAGAAAUUUGUUUGGAAUCUUGGACGUGCUUUUGAGUUACUUUUUGUGAUACAUAUGGAUGCUUUGAAUGUUGGAAUUAUUAUUCGCAAAAAUUUUAUGUUACUGGGUUCACGGUCAGUGAAGAAAGCAAAAACUUUGCUAAAUUUAAACAUAGGAAAGAAACGCUUGUGCGAAACCUUAAUAAAAAAUCCGUUGGUGCUAAAGAAUUGGGUUUUGAGAGAAAAAUCCGAACAAUUGCAUGUGACUAGACUGACGACUACAUUGCAUUCUCGCAUGGGUAGGAUUAGGUUCUUGUCAAGUAUUGGCUUCACAGAAGAUUCAAAAGAAAUGGAGAAGGCUUUAAAGGUAUUCCGUGGAAAAGGAGAAGAACUCCGUGAAAGAUUUGACUGUCUUGUCAAAGCAGGACUCGGUGAAGAGGAUGUCGAACAGAUGAUCAAAGCGUGCCCGAAGAUUCUCAAUCAAACAAAGGAAGUUAUUGAGACAAAGAUAAGAUAUCUUGUUAAUGAUCUAGGCUAUCCAGUGUCAAGUUUGAUGUCUUUCCCAGGGUACAUUGCAUAUACGAUGGAUAGGGUAAAGCUUAGAUGUUCUAUGUACAAGUGGCUUGUCAAUCAAAACGCUGUUCGCCCUACAUUGCGUUUGAGCACCAUAAUUGGAUGCACAGAAUCAUAUUUUGAGGAGAAGUAUGUAAGUAAACAUCCUAAAGGCCUUGUUGUGUGGCAGGAGGUUAAAAAGACAUUUUCUGUCAAAUAAGUUUCCCGGCUCCCUAUUUUUGUGGUUCUCCUAUUCACAGACAAAGUCUUCAACUACUUGUGCAUGCUGAAAAACUGAUUCGUUUCAAGUCUCAAACUCUAGGACCCUAUUCAGCAUAAUCAUAAAGAUCCAAAGGUGCAGCACAACAGGUCUCAUGGAGCCGACAAUCCAUCCCGACCCACGUGAUACUUCGGUUUUGACGUUGCAGGCGGAGCAUAGGAGUGAGGAUGUUUGGGGAGGGGGUAUGGACAAACUUUUGACGUGUCAGGGAGCACGUGCUUGGUUUAGGAGAGUGGGUGAUACAUGAUCGACUCUUGCAAUUUGUUAGGUUAGCAGGGUUCUAUGGUGUACAUAGAUUGAUUGGUGAUGGAUUAGCCUUAGAUAGGUCUUUGAUCACUGCAUUGAUUGAGAGAUGGAGACAGGAGACGCACACUUUUCAUUUGGCUGUUGGUAAGGCUACUAUUACACUACAGGAUGUAGCUGUUUUGUUGGGGCUCAGAGUUCAUGGAGCUCCUGUCACAGGAGAUGGUACUGGGGUGUGGGCAUAUUUAGUCAAGGAGUUGUUAGGGAUACGACAAGAGCCUGGUGAUGCUGCAAAACCUGUUCUCCAGGGCUCAUCAUUGAAGAUGACUUGGUUGAGGCGACACUUCAGUCAGGCCCCCUUGAUGACGCUGCUGAUAUUGUUUAUGAGAGGUUUAGCCGAGCAUAUAUUCUUGCACUUAUGGGAUCCAUUUUGUUUGCUGAUAAGAGCGGUGAUGCCGUGCAGCUCGUCUACUUGCCAUUGAUUCGUGACUUGGGUAGAGCUAGGACAUACAGCUGGGGGAGUGCGACUCUUGCUUAUUUGUAUCGAUAAAUGUGUCGAGCCGCUCGUAAACGAGCCCGUGACAUUGGUGGUCCACUUAUACUUCUGCAGUUAUGGUCAUGAGAGCAUAUUCACAUUGGUCGUCCGAGGAUUUCAAGAGUUCGCGAUCCUCCACCUCCCGACCCUGAGCAUCCUAUUGAGUAUGACGACGAUCCAUCUAUUCUUGGUACUCAGCAUCAACGUGGAGUGGACCCCUUAGCAUGCAGUUGGCUUAGGGUUCAUUUUUCAUGUGGCCAUACAGCUAGUGGACUCCCUUACUAUAGGGAUGCACUUGACCAUCAAAAAGAGACACAUGUAUUAAAUAUCUCACCUUACUAAUUACUCAAAUGCUUCUUUUUUUAUUAGUCUAGCAUGCAGGUAACUAAUUUGUUUUCUAGGUCAACAUAGUCAACUAAGGUAUUUUGUCAACUAAGGUCAAUUUAGUCAACUAAGGUCAAUAUAGGUCAACUUAGGUCAACUUAGGUCAAUUAAGCACCCUCAAUUUGAGCCCGGUCGAUUUAGUUUGGUCAACUUAGGUCAAUUUAAGUUAAUUUGACCUCGUCCGUUUCAAGUUAGAUCAACUUUGGUCAUUUUUUGUCAAUGUAGGUCAAUUUAAGUCAACUUGGUCAACUUUGGUCUAAAUUGGCCUAAAUUCAACUAAAAUAGCAUAAAAUGACCUAUAUUCACCUAAAAUAGCAUAAAAUGACCUAAAUUCACCUAAUAUAGCCUAUAAUAGCCUAAAUUCACCUAAAUAUGUCAACGUAGGUGAAGUUAGGUCAAUUUGGUCAACUAAGGUCAAUAUAGGUUAACCUAGGUCAACUUAGGUCAAUUAAGUCAACUAACAUCAAAUUGAGCUCGCCCGAUUCUAUUUAGGUGAAGUUAGGUUUAUUUAGGUGAAGUUAGGUGAAGUUAGGUCAACUGUGGUCAACGUUGGUCAGCUUAGGUAAAUUUAAGUCAAUUUGACCUCGUUCGUUUCAAGUUAGGUCAACUUUUGGCAUUUUUGGUCAAUGUAGGUCAAUUUAAGUCAACUUGGUCAACUUUGGUCUAAAUUGGCCUACAACUAGAAUAGCAUAAAAUGGCCUAAAUUCACCUAAUAUAGCCUAAAAUGGCCUAAAUUCACCCACAAUCACCUAAAUAUGUCAACGCAGGUGAAGUUAGGUCAAUUUGGUCAACUAAGGUCAAUAUAGGUUAACCUAGGUCAACUUAGGUCAAUUAAGUCAACUAACGUCAAUUUGGGCUCGCUCGAUUCUAUUUAGGUGAAGUUUGGUCUAUUUAGGUGAAGUUAGGUCAACUUUUGUCAACGUUGGUCAACUUAAGUCAACUUAAGCCAACUUAGGUGAAGUUUAAUAGCCUAAAUUUACCAUAAAUUGCCUAAAUUCACAAAAAAUUGCCUAAAUUCACCAAAAAUUGCCUAAAUUAAACUAAAAUCGUCUAAAUUCAACUAGAACAACAUGAAAUGGGCUAAAUUCACCUUAAAUUGCCUACAUUCACCUUAAAUGGGCUAAGUUCACCUUAAAUUGCCUACAUUCACCUUAAAUGGCCUAAAUUCCCCUUAAAUAGCCUUAAACAGCCUACAUUCACCUUAAAUGGCAUAUAAUGGCCUAAAUUCACCUAAAAUAGCCUCAAAUAGAUUCACUUCACCUAAAAUAGCCUUAAAUAGUCUACAUUCACCUUAAAUGGCAUAUAAUGGCUUAAAUUCACCUAAAAUAGCCUUAAAUAGCUCAAAUUCACCUAAAAUAGCUUAAAUUCACCUUAAAUAGCCUAAAUCCACCCAAAAUGGCCUUAAAUAGCUUAAAUUCACCUAAAAUAGCUUAAAUUCACCUUAAAUAGCCUAAAUCCACCCAAAAUGGCCUUAAAUAGCCUACAUUCACCUUAAUUAGUCUAAAUUCACCAAAUAUAGCCUAAAUCCACCUAAAAUAGCCUAAAUGCACCUAAUAUAGCAUAUAUCCUCCUAAAUUCACCUAAAGUAGCCUAAAUCCACCUAAAAUAGGCUAAAAUAGCUUAAAUUCACCUAAAAUGGCAUAUAAUGGCCUAAAUUCACCUAAAAUAGCCUUAAAUAGUUUCAAUUCACCUAAAAUAGCCUUAAAUAGCUUAAAUUCACCAUAAAUUGCCUAAAUUCACCAAAAAUAGCCUAAAUUUACCUAAAAUAGCAUAAAAUUUCCUAAAUUUACCUAAAAUAGCAUAAAAUAGCCUAAAUUCACCUAAAAUAGCAUAAAAUAGCCCAAAUUCACCUAAAAUAGCUUAAGUUCACCUAAAAUAGCCUAAAAUAGCUUAUGUUCACCUAAAAUAGCCUAAAAUAGCUUAAAUUCACCUAAUAUAGCCUAAAAAAGCUUAGUUCACCUAAAAUAGCCUAAUAUAGCUUAAGUUCACCUAAAAUAGCAUAAUAUAGCUUAAGUUCACCUAAAAUAGCCUAAAAUAGCUUAAGUUCACCUAAAAUAGCUUAAAAUAGCUUAAAUUCACCUAAUAUAGCCUAAAAAGGCUUAAAUUCACCUAAAAUAGUUUAAAUUCACCUAAUAUAGCUUAAAAAGGCUUAAAUUCACCUAAUAUAGCUUAAAAAGGCUUAAAUUCACCUAAAAAUUGUCCAAAAAGGCCUAAAAUAGCUUAAUUUCACAUAAAAUAGCCUAAAUACUCACUUUUUACUUAUUGUAGAUGACUUGGCAACCAUAAUCAGAGACGGUACUUGGUUUACUAUCCGAGAUUUGUAGAUGUGAUAGAGAUAUAUGGCGCUCAGGUAUACCGUUGAUUUGCUUUGACAUGGUUGAGUACCACUACCCAAAUCGAGUGAUGUGGGAAAAUAAUGUCUCACCAUUUACUAAACAUAGUAAAGUAGUUUAUUAUUUAUCACAAUUCACAUUAUGUGAACUAUCUACUUUUGCGUGAGGAAUGUGUGCUUAACCAUUCCUAUAAUUAGCUAUGCUGUUUUUAUCAUUGUUAUGCUAUUAUAAAUAGCUUAGUGUUUGUUUAGAAUUAAAUUUACUACAAUAACAAACAUUGUAUAUUAUUCUCACCUUAUUUAUUAACAUUCCCAUUUCAUAUUUGUGGAAUUAAUAUUGCAUCUUUCGCUAGUAUAAUUUUAUCAUCUUUAUUAAUUUCUCUUAAUCUUUGGUUGAUUUUAUUGCUUCCGCGCACUCUGAAUCCUACAAAUUGGUAACAGAGCUUUAUAUAUUCAACUGAGAUUUUUUUUUUAUCAUGUCUACAAAAUUUGAUAUUGAGAAGUUUGAUGGUAAAAUUAAUUUUGCCAUAUGGCGAAUUCAAAUGCAAGCCAUUCUUACCCAGAAUGGUUUAAAGAAGGCUUUGGAUGGAAAGUCCAAAAAGUCAUCCACUUUGACAGAUGAACAAUGGGAUGAUAUGGAUGAGAAAGCGUUGUCUGUAAUUUAGUUAUGUUUGUCCCGUGAGGUGUUACGCGAGGUCAUGAGUGAAAAGUCCGUUGCCGAUAUUUGGGCUAAAUUAGAAUCUCUUUACAUGACCAAAAGCCUUGCAAACAAACUUCGCCUCAAGGAAAGACUCUUUACACUCAAAAUGGCAGAAGGUACUCCUAUUCAAACUCACCUUGAUGAGUUUAAUUCUAUUAUUGUUGAUUUGGAGAACUUGGAUGUCAAAAUUGAUGAUGAGGAUAAAGCCAUUUUACUUAUUAUUUCAUUACCACUCUCAUAUCGACACUUUAAGGAAAUAAUGUUAUACGGAAAUUAUGUUACAUUAUUCUUUAAAGAUGUCAAGUCUCACCUAUUAUCAAAAGAAAAAUUUGAUACUGAUAUAAAUACAGAACAUUCGGGUGAAGGCUUGGUUGUUAGAGGAAGAAGUUUUGAAAAAGGUAGUACAAGUAAAAACAGGUUUAAAUCAAAAUCUAGAGAUACCAAAUCUAAAUUUUGCCGUUAUUGCAAGAAAAAGGGACACGAAAUAUCUGAUUGCUAUAAAUUGAAAAAUAAGCAAGUAAAAGAACAAAAGGGUAAACUCACGCUGAAGCUAGUGUUGUUGAGUCCGGGUCAGAUGGGGAUUUAUUAUUAGCGGCUGACUCCGAACAAAGAUUUAGAAAUGAAUGGAUUCUUGAUUCUGGUUGUACAUUUCACAUGUCACCGAAUAGAGACUGGUUUACCACCUAUGAACCAGUUGAUGGUGGUCUUGUUUUGAUGGGCAAUGAUGCCCAAUGCAAGGUUGUUGGUAAAGGUACGAUCAAAAUUAAGACAAAUGAUGGCAUUACUAGAACUUUGACCGAUGUUAGACACGUUCCUGAUUUGAAACGAAAUCUUAUUUCUUUAGGCACCCUUGAAUCACUUGGGUGUAGGUAUUCAGCUGAAGGUGGAGUGCUUAAAGUGUCCAAAGGUGCUCUUGUUAUACUAAAAGCAAAUCGAUCUGGUAGUUUAUAUGUGCUACAGGGAUUUACUAUUACAGGAUUUGCAGCUACUGCCUCAUCCAAUAAUGAUAAUACAAAGUUGUGGCAUUUGAGAUUAGGCCACAUGAGUGAAAAAGGAAUGCAUGUCCUUAGCAAAAGAGGAUUCCUUGGCAAUCAUUGUACUGGUAAGGUUGGUUUCUGCGAGCAUUGUAUUUUUGGCAAGCACAAAAGAGUUAGCUUUUCAAAUGGCGUUCACCGAACUAAAGGUACAUUAGAUUAUAUUCAUUCGGACCUUUGGGGUCCUCUCACAAGUUCCUUCCACAUGAGGACGUCAUUAUAUGUUGACCAUUAUUGAUGAUUUCUCAAGAAAACUUUGGGUCUAUUUUCUUAAGUAUAAAAGUGAGGUAUUUUCAACUUUCAAGGAUUGGAAAACCUUAAUUGAAAAUCAAACUGGUAAGAAAAUUAAAAGGCUGAGAACAGACAAUGGUCUUGAAUUCUGUUUAAAUGAGUUUAAUAGGUUCUGCAAGAAAGAAGGUAUUGCAAGACAUCAUACCAUUCCAGGUACUCCACAACAAAAUGGAGUUGCAGACGAAUUAACAGAACUAUUUUGGAGAGAGUUCGUUGUAUGCUCUCUCAUUCUAGCUUGAAAAAGGGAUUUUGGGCUGAAGCGGCAAACACUGCAAGCUAUUUGAUAAACCGCUCCCCAAAUAGAUCACUUGAUGGUAAUAUUCCAAAAGAAGUUUGGUCAGGUAAUCCUGUUGAUUAUUCUAAUCUUAGAAUAUUUGGUUGUCCUGCUUAUUCACACGUAAGCGAGGGGAAAUUGGAACCUCGUGCUAAAAAGUGCAUAUUCUUAGGUUAUGGUUCAGGGGUUAAAGGUUAUCGUUUACAUGACCCUGAGUCUCGUAAAACCUUUUAUAGUAG